UAUCGGAGAUGGCCAGCGGGGAGCAUAUUGAAACGAAACGAAAUAAAGCCAAAGGUGCGCCGGUGGUUUGUCGGUUUUUCAGUUUGGCUUUUCCAAUGUGAGGGUCGCUCGUCGAUUUGUGCUCGCCUCAGUUUGAAUUUCGCACACCACGCGUCGCGAACGGACGAAUAUUUUGGUAGUUCAUUGGGUAGGAUUGGCAUUUUUGCGCGUUGAUGAUGACGCAGUGCGUCUACCUCGCAUUGGCGUUCCUCAUUUUGUCACACGUGCGGGCAGCUGACGAUGAGAUGACGAUGUCUUCCGGCCGCGAAUCUGCAUCCAAUAGCCCUGAUUGCGUCAUCCGUGCCACACUCUAUGUGACACCAUCUUCUCCGGCCAGAAGUGGCCAGGAUUUCGGCUUGCCUUUGGACAUAGAUUGCAGUGGCAAUAGCUCUCUAGAGCUCAAAUCCUUUGAUCUGGGCGCCCAACGAGUGGCCGGGAAGAGGCAUGUACUCCUCGAUGGCUCACAAACGCCGCCCCUGGGAAUCUCCAGUUAUGGUCUGGAGUAUCUGGACAAUUGUGUGGAACUGGAAACGCUGGAGAUCCAAAAGUUCGUGGGUGAUGCCAGCCUAAAACUAAGCUGUGGAGGAGCUGUACUACCUAAUCUCACAGUAGUUAUGCUAAAAAACAAUGAAUUGGGCACUUUAAGUGAGGAAACUUUUCAGGAGGUACCCCACCUAAAACUACUCCACAUAAAGCAGAACUCUUUGAGAUACAUGGAAAAGCUAAAGGAUUGUGAUGAAUUGGAGGAACUUGCUAUCCAGGAUGAAACGGAUCUAGUGCUCAAAGAUAAUGACUUCAUACAGCAGCUGACAGAGCUGAAGAAACUGCGUUUGGGAAAUCUUAAAAUGAUAGAAGAGUCAUUUCUAAGUGUCUUGCCCGAGAAUUUAACGGAUUUGAUAAUCGAAGAUACAGCCAUACAGCCUGGAGAUUUAUUUCUCACAAAAGGCAUAGCCAAAUUGGUUAAUAUUAGCCUCACCAACUGCCAGCUCAAAAUGUUUACCUUGGAUCCGCCACACAAUUUGGAUGUUAUUAACUUAAACCUCAGUGGCAAUGCCUUGGUUUCUUUUAAUAUAAGUUUUCAAGAUGGACCAAGUACUUUGGAGACCUUGGAUUUGAGCAGAAAUAAAUUGGAGCACUUGAACUACACUUGGUUUUAUAGAACCACUAGUCUGAGGAUUCUUCACCUGCAGCAGAAUAAUUUCCAUACACUUUCGCUCUACCAAUUGGGCCUGAUUUCUCCAGGGUCAAUUCAACGUAUUGACUUGAGAUCCAACAAUCUAAUGAGUCUGGGGGAUAUAGAAAAAGCCAACUAUCCCUACUGGAAUCCACAAAUACGUCUGCUAAUCGAUGGAAAUCCCUGGAGCUGCCAAUGGAUAUUGCAUUUCUCGCAUACGCAACCUCAACUAUUUCGACUUUUCCAGUACUCCAAAUAUAUAUCCCAUAUCAAUGUUAAUGGCCUGAGUUGCAGACCCCAAGAGCCACCAGUGGAGGAGACAACAAAGGCGAGAAGAAUUAUGCUUGUGAGCAUUAAUGGAUCAGCAGAUACUUCGAUUCCCAGGCCACAUCAUAGCUCAAAUGUCAGCAGUUUUGAGGUACUCUACGGCAAUCCCGUGCAACUCCAUCGAAGUCAGCGAUCUUUGGCAUUGAUAAUCGUGUUCAUGCUGCCUCUGGGCAUAGCAUUUCUCUUUCUCCUCCUCUAUCUGUAUCUCCAUUGCGAGAGGCUCUUCCACUUGUCGUACUAUAUCUCGGGAUUGCCCUGUUUUGGUGCCGAAAAAUCAACACCUAGAUUUGUGGAUCAUGUCGAUAUAGUACGCUAUCCCAUUCCAAAUGGUGGUGGUUCACCAGUGGAUCUGGACAUGGAACUGCCAGAUGGCUAUGAGACGCCAGUGAGUGGUGGAACCUCGAUUUGCAACUGCACGGGUCACAGGGAAUCCACCUGCUCCAGGACCCAUCAUGUCACCUAUGAAUCCCUGCCAACUGAGCUGCCCUAUCAACUCUAUGCGGAGAUCAAGGAGCAGGCGGAUGAGAAUGUGGAUAAGGAUGGGAUAUUGGCAGACACUCCAGUGCCCACGGCUCCCAUCUACGAUCAUCUCUCCUUUGUGGAGGAAAUGCCCAAACUGGAGGAACUGAGGGAUAUUACUUAGUGUGCGAACCCACAGUCGAACUUCUUUAAAACUGAAAAUAUGAAUAUUUAAAUAGUUAUUAGAACAAUGUGUAUAAGAACUGCAUAUAAUUGCGCUAUUACCUUUUAAACAAGUGCACUAUAUUUAGAAUUUAACAGAGAAAAGUGAUAAAUGACCUAAAAAUGGUACUGAUCGUGGGAUAAAAAGCUGAUUACACAGAUCUUCUAUUAAACAGAUAAGUAAGGUUGAUUGUGUGUAUAUUUCACUUAUAAGAAAAGCUAUUGCUUAACUGAAUGCAGAAGAUUGUCUAAUAUAUAGAUUAUAAAAUAGUUAUUGUUCUAAUAAUGUCGAUAUGCUUACAAAUAAGCUAUUAACAAGUGUUGUUGUGCCUCUAAAAACUG